CCGCAACGUGGGUCAGCAGAGAGCUGGGAAGCGUCUGCCCCCUCCUCAGCUGCAACUGCCCCCAGGAAGCUCUCCACGUCCUGCAGGACCUCCACAUCCAGCAGGACCUCCAUGUCCAGCAGAACCUCCACGUCCAGCAGAACCUCCACGUCCAGCAGAGCCUCCACGGGGUCUGCCCCAUGCUGCACGAUCCUGAUGGCCGAGGUGUACCCGCCCAGGCAGGCGGUAUGCAGGACGGGCGUGUCAAAGCUGGACAAAGCAAUACAGACGUCCCCGUCCUUGGACGCGUUACUGAAGCAACGGCACCCACGGCACGAGGAGAAGGGAGAAACCAAGGACGUGAGCAACGGCCAGGAUCAGCCUCAGCGGCGGGCCUCAGCGACCAGCAGUGCCCCGGGGGGCUCCCCCCAGGCAGCGGGGCGCAGAGCCCCCAGCCCCCCCGAGGGCGCUCCCGCAGCCCAGGGCAGGAGGAGCAGCCUCUCGCCCGACCUGUGCCCGAGUCCCAGCGACGCAGAGCAGGCAGACCAGGGUCAGGCUGUGCUGGGGACAGAAGGGGACAAGGCUGAUGUCCCGGACACCGUGGCGGUGGGCAGCCUGGGGACCUGCCCGGCAGGGGAGGGGAGGCAGGAGGGGCAGAAACAAGCUCAGGCUCAUGAAAGCAGGGAGGCAAACGUGAGCCAGUUUCUGGAGGCUGAUGGAAACUGUCACGAGGAAGGGAAGCAGGUCUACGUCGAAGAGCUGAAGUCUCACCUCGCCCCAGCAGAAACCCACUCAGACCAGCAUCACCAGGAGGCAAUGGAGGAUGUGGCUGUGGAUGGGGACACAGUCGACAGCCAGGACACAGGCUCCAGCGCGGGCACCGUGGAGAUCUCCUUAGCCAGCGAGGAGCUGCAGGAGGUCCCGGGACACACCAUGGAGGAUGCAGACACUGCAGAUAAUUUUGCUGCAGGAGGUGCUGGGUCCCGCUGCUGUGGACGGUGA